GUUAUCUCAGGCCUCCGAUAUAUAAAAUGCAUGUGAUAUAUUUUCUUUUAUUGACUAUCGAUACAGUCAGUGGAUGACUCGGACACAAUGAAGGCCAUAGUGACAGUUUGUGUAUUGUUUUUCACCACCGUUCACUGCCAAUAUGCGCCAUUCAUCGAGGCGUGCAAGUCCAAGGACCGCUCGUGCCUGGUCCGCUCGGCGCAGGCGGCGCUGCCUGUCGUGGCCGCCGGCGUGCCGGCCCUGGGCCUGCGGUCGCUGGACCCCAUGCGCGUGCCGCUGGUGGACGCGAGCCAGGGGGGGCUCAACAUCAGCUUCACUGACUCCACUGUUAAAGGGCUGAGGAACUGUCGCAUUUUGGACUUGGAGCGCAAAAGCAAGUUGGAGACGUCCAUGACCCUCAGCUGUCACGUGGAGAUGGUCGGACAUUACUCCCUCGGCGGGAAGCUUAUCAUCUUCCCCAUCGAAGGCCAGGGGAGAUACAAGAUCAAACUACGUGAGAUCCGCGUGAAGGUGGACCUGCAGCUGGGCGAGCGCGCGGCCGAUGGCGAGCGGUACUGGACCGUGGACAGCUUCACCAACUCCGUGACGGCGCCGCAGCCCGUGCGCUACCACUUCCAGAACCUGUUCAACGGCAACAAGCAAGCGUCUGACACCGUCCACCAGUACGCGAACACGAACUGGGAGCUGAUAUUCAAGCAGGUAGCGCCGCCCAUCGUAGACUCCAUCGUCGCCCAAAUCAUCGGGGAAGUCUCCAAACUCUUCGACCAAGUGCCUGUUAGCCAACUCGCUCUUGACUAAGAACAAAUACAUAAAGAAAGAGAUGAAAGUAUCAUUUUAUGAAUAAAUUUUUCCGAUGCUAGAA